AAUGAGUGAAUAAUAAUCAAAGGGUGAGAGUUAAGAAAACUCAAGUUUAUUAUCUUCAUAGGAAGAACAAUUAAAGAAAUAGCUAAAACCAGUUGAAUUGGUCAAUCUGUCAAAGGGAUCUUCACAAUCCUUAAUUAUAAAUGAGUAAACUUCAAUUAGAGAAGAAAGAAAAAUGAAAUAGUAUUUACAACGUAUACAGGAGAAAGAACGCCAGGAAGAGGUAAGUUUCCUUUAAUUUUAGUUUUUAAAAAGGCUGCUACACUUAAGCGUAAGCGGUCAAAGGUAAAAUCUUCAGAAUAUUCUAGCCUAACCCGCCAUUGAAACAAUAGGACAGUCAAGAAUAGCCAACAAGCUCUGAAAAUAAGGAGGAAGAAGUAAAGUAUGUUAAUUUUGUAUAUAUUAAGUCAACCUCUGGCUUUGGCUGUCUAGUUAAAUCCAUUGUUAGUCCCUUAAUAGAGUGUACAAUAAACAGAAACACAAUCUUCAUCAACAAAGUUGAGACUGAACCCAAAAUUAAAAAUGAAAGUAUGACAUUUUUUAUAUAUAUUAACAGGAAUAACACCACAUCUAUCUUUACUUGUCGGAUUGCUAAGAUAAAAGUUUUGAAGGUAUAUAGAAAUUAUAAGACUCUGCUACUCAAUUUUAUUCACCCUAAAAAUAAACUAAAGAUUAAACAAGUUUAAAUCAAAUAAAUCAAGAGAUAUUUUAGGAAACAUCAUAUUUAAUAAAAAAUAUUAAAAAUUAAUAUUAAUAAUACAUUGAACCUAUACAAAGUAUAAACACAAACGAUUAGAAAGAGUUUUACAAUAAAUAUUUUGAUAAAAAGUACAUUGAAUCAGUCAUAAGAGAGAGUAGAUUGUAAAUUCAUAAAAAAUCAGGAUUAGAAAAAUAAACAUCAGUUGGAAAAUAAAUUCCAAAAAAAUAUUGAU